GCGGUGCCAGCACCCAUCCGCCGCGGUCGGGGCCGGCUCUCCGCAGGGGCGGCCGGGGGCGCGGGGGGUGCGCGGGCGGCAGCCGGGUCAUGCAGUACCAGCCGCCGGGCGCGGCGCCGGCGGCCCUGGGCGUCGGCGUCCCGCUGUACGCGCCCACGCCGCUGCUCCAGCCCGCGCACCCCACGCCCUUCUACAUCGAGGACAUCCUGGGCCGAGGCUCCGCCACCGCCCCGGCACCCCACUCCUUGCCCGCCCCGCCACCGCCGACGCUGCCGUCGCCCAACUCCUCCUUCACCAGCCUGGUGUCCCCGUACCGGACCCCCAUCUACGAGCCGACCCCUAUCCACCCGGCCUUUUCCCACCACCUCGCCGCCACCUACGGCACCGGCGCCUACGCCGGACCCCUCUACUCCUUCCCCCGCGCCGUCGGCGACUACGCUCACGCGCUGAUCCGCCAGGACCCCCUAGGGAAACCGCUGCUGUGGAGCCCCUUCAUCCAGCGGCCCCUGCACAAGAGGAAAGGGGGGCAGGUCCGCUUCUCCAACGACCAGACCAUCGAGCUGGAGAAAAAGUUUGAGACUCAGAAAUAUCUGUCCCCGCCAGAGAGGAAACGCCUGGCCAAGAUGCUGCAGCUCAGCGAGAGGCAGGUCAAAACGUGGUUUCAGAAUCGCAGAGCCAAAUGGAGGCGUCUAAAGCAGGAGAAUCCUCAGGCCACCAAAAAAGAAGAAGUGGAAGGUGCUGACAGUCACAGUGACCAACGGCCAGAGAACUGCCCGACCCCAGAGCAGAAGGGUAAGGAGGUGUCCCUGGACGGCUCACAGUACAUCCCCUCGCCCGCCUCACAGGAAGACCUGGAGUCAGAUGUCUCCGAGGAUUCUGAUCAAGAAGUGGACAUUGAAGGCGAUAAAGGCUAUUACAAUCCUACCCACUAAUGGCCCCAUGCAGAAAGUGGACCCUAACUUGGCUUGCACUUUACCAGGUGCUGGUUUGGAAGUAUAUUAUGCUAGAGGAGGAGAAAACUUUCACCAUUCCACUGAAAGCCAAAAAAACCCUCACCCAACACCAAAUAGACUCAUUUUAUAAUAAGCAGAGAAAGAAAGGUGUAUUUUCAGCAAAUGGUCAUUUUUUUGCGGAUCUCUAAUUUGGUUAAAGGAACAUGGUUUGUAUUUAAUUAUUUGUAAGAUAUAUUUGUACAUUAAUCGAUUUUCUAACUGGAAUAUAAUACUGCACCCUGUCCUUAUUGUGGAGGGUCUGAAUCAACUACUGUGAGUGAUCAGGCAAAACUCCUCUCUAACUAGUAUGGACGUGAGUAUGGAUUGCAGGCCUAAGCCCUUUUUAUGUGUAAACAAAUGUAGUUUAAAUAAGUUAAUUUAAACACCCUUUGCAAGCAGGGAAACACAUUCUGUGAAAUAGGGAGGGGACAAGUGCCUUAUGCUCACACCCAUUUACCUGCCAUGGUGUUCAUCAGGUAGAGUUUUUGGACAGAUUAAUUUUUCCUCUUGCAUGAGAUGAAAUGUGCCUUUCAGAAUUUCAAGGACUUUGCCUCCCAGUCUGGAUCAUUCCAUUUGCAGGGAAAUUAAAAAACAAACCAAAACAAAACCCCAAACAUUUUUCUUCUUCAAAAACCUCUAGCGCUGUUUUUACAGAUUUCAUAUUUGAGAGGAAAAUGCGGGGAGUGAUAGGGCCCUGCUGUGGGAGAGUAACUGGCAUCAGCUGUGAGGAUCAGUGAGGCACACAGCCCUGGACGAUAAUGCCUAUUGUAUACAUAUCUGCUUCUGUACAUACUCGUUUUCUUUAAAAGUCUUGCGGUUUUAUACCUCACGUUGUUCAUAUUUUGUACAUAUUUGUUCAGUGUCAGAAGGAAAAAAAAAAGGCAAACCCUGGUAUUUAAUUUUUGAUGAACUUGUCCGUGAAAUAAAACUAAACUCUGCACCACC